AGCAAAUUAAUUUGAAUUCCAUUCUCUUCAUUCUGAAAAAAAAUCAAUAUGAAGUGAAUCAGGUGAAAAUCGAGUAAUAUCAUAAACUGUAGGAAUUCUUUGAAACGUUAGUUAGCGUUGUACAUAAAUCGUCAGUUGUCUACUUGGUCGUUUUCAUUAGUAGGCUGUGUAAGGAGGAAAGAAUCACAUAAGAAAUGGGUACGAGACAUCUCCAGAUAUUCCUGCUGUUUGCGGCAGGAUUUAUAGGUUAUGGAAUGAGAGCUAAUAUGUCUGUUGGUAUAGUGGCCAUGAUGAGCGACAAACCACCUGAUAAAAGUAUACCUACAUAUCCAGAAUGGGACGACAAGGAUACCAUCUUAUCUUCCUUCUUCUGGGGAUACGUUGUAUUUCAAAUUGGAGCUGGACAGAUCGCUGAGAAAUAUGGACCAAAAUAUUUCCUCAUGACAUCUCUUGCCAUAGCAUCUUGUUUCAGUACAAUAAUUCCCUACAUGGCAGCGCAGUUUGGUUCCACUGGAGUCAUCGUCAACAGGGUUAUCCAGGGGUUAUGCCAGGGGUUCUUAUUUCCCUCUACCCACUGCGUGCUGAGCAAGUGGACGCCACUGGCAGAGAGGUCAAGGAUUGCAGGAUUCGUUUAUACAGCUGGUCCAUUAGGAACAAGUGUUUCUAUGGUGGUGACAGGUUACAUUUCUGAUACCUCCUUUGGUUGGCCAUAUGUCUUCUACUUGUAUGGUUGCCUAGGACUAUUGUGGGUUCUUGCCUACACGUAUUAUGGGUGUAACAAGCCCUCCGAACAUAAAACUAUUUCAAUGGAAGAGAGAAAAUAUAUCGAGGGAAGUACUCAAGCAGUGAAUGAUGUAGAUGUACAACUGAAAACACCAUGGGGUAAAAUUCUGACAUCGUUGCCUUUUUGGGCGAUAUUGGUGUCUCAUGUGGGGAACAACUGGGGAUUUUGGACAUUGUUGACAGAGAUCCCCUCAUUCAUGUCUUCUGUGCUCAAGUUUGACAUAAAAAGUAAUAGCGAACUUUCUGCGUUGCCAUAUUUGGGUUAUUGCAUUCUUGGACUCCUCAUCAGUCCUAUUUCGGACAUUGUAAUUGGGAGAAAAAUUCUGAGUCUUGGAAGCAGCAGGAAAUUCUUCAAUUGCAUAGGUUUGAUUUUGCCAGCUUUGUCCCUGAUUGCCCUAGGUUACCUUCCUACAGGACAUGCACACAUUGCAGUUCUAUUGCUAAUUUUGGCUGUCUCUACGAAUGCUGGUGUUCUGGUUGGCUUCAAUGUGAACCACAUUGAUAUUUCGCCAAAUUUUGCUGGCACCCUUAUGGGCUUGACGAAUUGUGCUGCGAACUUUGGUUCGUUCAUUGGACCUUUGAUGGUUAAAUUCAUUGUGACAGAUCCAAAAGAUGAGUAUUUAUGGAGAAUAGUAUUCAUGAUAUCAGCUGGAUUUUACAUAGCAAGUGCUAUAUUUUUCGUCAUUUUUGGUUCAGGAGAAAGACAAGAAUGGAACGAACAACAGGUUUCAAUAGAAGGUGAGAUCAACUAUGGCAGUACAGCAGACACAAAGGAAAGAAAACUCAGUGCUUGAAUCACAAUGUAUUGUGUGUUCUUUUAUUUAUUUCAUAUUGAAAUGUUCAUCAACCUAUCUGUGAUAAUUUUAUUAGAGUAUGCAAAGAAU